CUCCCUCCCAGGGACACUUGGGGACAGCCUGGUCGUUUGCAGCAUCCAGCUGGGGCUCCUUAUACAUGCUCAGGGCUCACACAGCCCUCAGAACACAUGUCUGCCCACCCUUGUCCACAGCAGCAAAGAAAGCGAUAGGCCAACAACAAGAAGACACCCUACAGAGCAGGAAAAGGAGCCCCGCCCAUUGUCGGGUGCCUGCCCUCCUGUGGAGAGCUGUUUUGGAGAUAAACAGAUGUAUCUGUCUCUGGAAGUCAAAUCUAUAUAAUCACAAGGGGGUGGCUGAGCACUCGGGCAUGUCAGUGGUCACACGACGCUGGUCGUAUCAAGUAACCAUGAUCACAUCGGAGCCCGCAGGAGUUAUAAAUACACCAGCACCGAGCCCCGGCUGGAUGACAAUUGAGUAAUGACAAUAGAAAUAGCUCACACUCCGUAAGACCAUCUUUCGCCUUCCUGGAGAGCUUUUCUGAAACCAAGGGCAUUGCAAUGGAGAGAUGGCCAGAGCCAGUUAGAGAACUUCAAAUCUUUCAGAAGAUGGAAAAAGAGCCUCAGACGAGAGCUGGGUCCCCAGUGCUCCAGUACCAUGCUGCCUUGGUCAUGGGAGAUCUGAGCCGUCUGCAGCAACUCAUGAACCGCUCCUUCCACGAUGCCAACGUGGUGUUUGAGAUCAAGAAGGAUGAGAUGGAGUGGCAGGUGACAUCCCCAGCCACAUUUGGACUGUCAGGCCUCUGGACCCUAGAGUACAAGCGCGAGCUCACCACCCCGCUGUGCAUCGCUGCGGCCCACGGCCACACCCCCUGCGUGCGCCACCUGCUCAGCCGCGGUGCAGACCCCGACGCCAGCCCGGGCGGCCAGGGAGCCCUGCACGAGGCCUGCCUGGGAGGCCACACGGCCUGCGCCCAGCUGCUGCUGCAGCACGGCGCGGACCCCGACCUGCUCAGCGCCGAGGGCCUGACGCCCCUGCACCUCUGCCGCACCGCCGCCUCGCUCGGGUGCGCGCAAGCGCUGCUGGAGCACGGCGCCUCGGUGCACUGCGCGGGCGGCGCGGGCGGGGACACGCCGCUGCACGUGGCGGCGCAGCGCGGCCUGGACGAGCACGCGUGUCUCUACCUGGGUUGCGGCGCGCGCGUGGACACGAGGAACGGGCGCGGCGAGACGCCCCUGAGCGCGGCGUGCGGCGCGGCGCGGCGGCCCGACGAGCACGCGCGCCGCCUGCGCCUGUGCGCGCUCCUGCUGCGGCGCGGGGCGGCGGCGGACGCGCGCGACGAGGACGAGCGCAGCCCGCUGCACAAGGCCUGCGGCCACGCGUGCCCGGGGCUGGCGCGCCUCCUGCUGCGACACGGCGCUGACGCGGGCGCGCUCGACUACGGCGGGGCCUCGCCGCUGGCCCGCGCGCUGCAGACGGCCGCCUGCGCUCCUGAGCCCGGCCCGCAGCGCACGGUGCAGGAGCUGCUCAACCACGGCUCCCCCGCCGUGUGGCCCGACGCCUUCCCCAAGGUGCUGAAGACCUGUGCACCAGCCCCCAGGGUUAUUGAGACUCUUUUCAACGCCUACCCUCAGCUCCGUGUGUCAGAGUCCUGGAGGGAAGUGAUUCCUGAGGAAGUAUUUCAGAUGCACCAGGCCUUCUACCAGUCCCUCUUGGCCUUGGCCCACACCCCACGCUGUCUGCAGCAUCUUUGCCGCUGUGCCAUUCGGAAAUUAUUCGGCAAAAAGUGCUUUCACCUCGUGCCCCUGUUACCCUUGCCAAAGUCCCUGCAAAAUUACCUCCUUCUGGAACCAGAGGGUGUUUUGCACUGAAAACCAGAAUGUUGGGACUGAGGCUGUAGUUCACACCGCUGCCCUCAGUGAAGGCUGUAUGUUGAGGAGAGCACCGCGGGGAAGGGGGCAGACCCGGGUCGCAUGUCCCCCCCCCCACCCCGUGGAUGCACCGGCCUCCCUGAGCUUCAUGCUCACUUGGAAAUGGAAUGGGUCCUAAAAGGCCUUUCUGCCUCUCAGGGUCGCUUGUGAGGAUCAAGACUGCAAAUAUCAUAGUAUUUGUAUCAGAAAGUACUUCUCAACAGAAGUUGAACUAAAAAGUAUACACACAUCCCCUGCAAUGGGUUAACAGACUGUCUGCCUCACAGGGGCAUCCCACCCCUCCUGGAGCCUGGCCACCUAGAAAGGCUCUGUCCCCAACACAUGACAGGUCUAUCUAUUGAGAGAGGACACCUGUUUCCACAACAGGAGUGCCCUUCUGGAGCCCACCAGUGCUUCCCAGCACCUUACAGCCCAGAACUCCCUAAAGGACAUCGGAGGGGUGGUGAGCCCAACAUUGUGAUCCCCAUGUGAGUCUUCUGACACCCUCGCCAAACCCCAGUGGCCAGCAGCCCAGGAAGCCAGAUGCCAGGGACAGACGGGUUGCUAGAGGUUGCCAUCAGCCCGGCCUGAGCAUCACAUAGCAAGAGAGAUGUUCUAAGGAUCAAGGACUAUAUGAACCAUCUCUUUCAUUUUCCGUAUUCUGGUGCUUUGAUAUCCGUGGCCUGGCUGACCUUGGAGGGACUGCUUCUCCCAGAGUCAGCCAGUUCCACAGACAGCAUACGACUUACCCCAAGCAUGCUUUCCAAAAGCAAACCGACCAGUCCAGAGCUCACAUACACACCCCCAACCACCCCUUCUACUGGGCUGUCACACUCUGGGCUACCUUCCACCCAUCCUAACUGUCCCAGGGCCAGGUGCCAGAGAGAUAGGGACAGCCCUUAUUUAUAUCCCAGAGCCUGCUGAAACUAUUCAGACGCGAUGGUCUUAAGCCUGUCUGUCCUGCCUGGCCUGUUCCAUCCAUGAAAACCACAACAAAGGCUUCUGUCCACAUCCCCUCCCCCAACUGCCUGAGCAAGCCUAGUGUGUGCCCAUGUGACCCCCCCACCAUGGUAUGACGGCCCCUUCUCUUGGGAAUGAUGAGUAAUAAACUAUCUUUUCAAUGGCAA